AUGGCAUCGACACCAGCAGCUCUAGUAAUGAUCCAGCACAAGGAUUUACAGUAUAUUACAGUUUCCCUGUGCCUUCGUGUCGGGGAUAGGUCUCUCACUGUCAUUUGUGCUUACGAGCCGAAUGGCAGUGUAGAGAACCCGGCCUUCUUGGAGUCUCUGGGAGGGGUGCUGGAAAGUGCUCUGACCGGGGACUCCAUCGUUCUACUGGGGGACUUCAACACUCACGGCCUGUUCCUCAAGCCCUCUGAGGCCAUCAAAGGUCGGACCUCUGGAGAUGACUACUCCCACUCUAGCUGUGCCAGUGACUGCUUCCGUCACGCUCCAGUUCCCCAGCUGUCUUUCUCCUACAGGCCUACUCACAGUGAAUUGAGUGAAACAAACCCAAACCUCACCCACUGUGACACACAACACAUGCUGCAGGACUGUCUUCUCAUGAUGGCCACACAGAGAAAAUGCCACAAAGUGUCAAGUGUUGCUUUCUUAAUCUGUCUCUUUGCUGUCUCAUUUCAAGCUGUGAUUUGUGAUGAUGUGCAUGAAGAUUCAGACGUCAACACCCGUGGAGAUGGUGAUCUACUCCUUCUAACAGGAAAGGUGCAGAAUAAAGAAGAUCAUCAGAUCCAGAUUGUCAUUUUCCCCACUAUGUCACCUGAUUCAGAGACGCCACAAACUAAGACCACUGAGUCAACUCAGCCUAACACACAGACCCCAGAUCAGACCGAACCAAACCCACCUGAAAUAAACAGUGUCACUUCUAAGAUGAAGACACUCUAUACAGGCAAUGUGGUCUGUGUGGAUAAAAUACCAGUGCGAUACAAAUAUGAUGUGCUGCUGAAACUAAAGGCCUCCUCCACAUGUGAAGAGACUAAAGUCAAGAUACAGAGUGUUCUAGAACAUCUCUGUGGUGAAGACUGCAAACUUGAAAUCUAUCAGAAAGACAACAUGGAUGAGAUAAUUGUUUAUGGAGACAGCGUUGAAGCUGAUCCUGAAGGAAUGGCUGGGAAGUUCAACAAUGACAACAUCACCGAUAAGGUGGAAGUAGAGGAGGCAGUGUCCCGAAUUGCCCAGCAGUCUAAAAUUGUCUUCAUCUCUCUUCUGAUAACGGGUUUGCUUCUUGCUACUUUGUUAAUUGCUGGAUAUCUUCUAAAGACUAAUCGAGGACAAUCGAAAGGGCAACAACUGGCUGAGGACUCCUUUCAAGUGGAGAACCAAGGAAACACACUGCUGUCUGUGGCUCCUCUGCCAAAACAGGAGCCUUUGGACAAGUCCAUCAUCAAUGGGGACUCUCCAGAAUCUCCCCCCACCAAUGGGCACUCUGCCACCCAGACACAAGUGGCUGAUACUCCAAUGUAAGAGUCUCCGUGUCAACAUCAAUCCAACGUCCAACAUGAAGAGUGAACAAACAUCAUGGCUUAUCAUGCACAAUAACAUUAGGUGUGAUAAAAACGGCAACAUUGAUAUUGAUAACAAUGAUGAAAGCACAAUAAACUGAUUGUUAGGCAGCCUUUUGUGUAAAUGCAAGAGAUAAAAGAACCAAAUCUGUUUCAGCUGAGCCUGAAAUGUUAGCUGAUGAAUAACAAUUCAGAAACCAGAUCAAUUAUAUACAAACAUCAAACAUUUACACUUUCAAUUAUGUUUGGAUUAAACCAGUGCUUCCAUGGUUAAGAAAUAUGAUGAAUAGGAUUUGUAUUAUACGUUUAGAUGAGCCAAAAAUCUUAUCUAUGUACAGUAUUCAUAAUGGAAAAGCAUUCUCAAAUCUACAACUGCUGCUCUACAUACUGUACAUAGUAUGCUUUGGUACAGUACAUCAGAAAAUGUACUAUUGUCCGGAUUCAGCGGUUCUGAAAUUAGGAUUCUUAUCAGUUCAAAUGUGGUUAUCAACCCUGGCCUUUCAUAUAGUGUUAUUUUCUAUUGCCUAUGUUAGUAUUUUGCAUUUUCCACUCUUGAUUUGAUUCAUUUCAGUAAGGUUCUGGACGUUUAUGCAUUUCAGAGAUUUUGCUUUUGUUCAAAGCAACUUUUGCAUUCAAAAUACAUUUAAUCAGUAUGUGUGAUUCCUCAGGACCAUGGUAUUAUUAGCAUCUCUACAAGCUGAGCUUAAAAUGUGUAAUAAGCAAAAAGUUUGAGUGGUAGAGUGUUAACAAAUACUGCUAAAAAUCUUGUGUUAGACACAUCACUCAUUAACCACAUUUGCAUGUAGAUCUUAAUGGCAAUGUCUGAUGAAUCACUGAUGUCAUCAUAUUUUUAAAAAGCCAAACUCGUCUCUACAACAAAUUGCAAAUUUGACCUUUACAGUAACUGCAUAUAUUUUUAUACAAAGUAUAUUUUGUUUUAUAAUUUUUUGGUUUGGUGUGUAAUCUAGACAUUCAAUUUAGUAUUGUUGUUUAGCAUGUGGAAGUGUAUGUGUAUGAGUGAGUGCUUAAAUAGUUUUGUUUGUCAUAUUAAAUUGUCAAUUGUUCAAUUGGCAAAUUUCUCAACCUCUAAACAAUAAAACACAAUUUUCAUGAUGUUUGAACACAAUAGCAGUAAUAAGUGAUUAGCAUAGUAUGUGUUUUAUUUUUUUUAUUUUUUUACUGUAAUUAUCUUGAUGUUCUGAGAAAAUUAAACAAAAAAUCAACAUUGAAUAAACUUCUGUA